AUGGAGAUGGUUUCACUGGCACUGCUGUUGGUGUCAGCAGGUAAGAGUGUACAAACAUGUUUCCAAAGCCAGUCACUGUUCUAAAUGGAGAUUUCAACCUCAGGUAAAUGACAGUGCACAUGAAGCAUGUUGCUCAGAUGUACAUAGGAUAUGCCAAGUCAGAUCAGUAAUGUCAGCACUGACUGGCAGCAGCUCUCCAGGAUUUGAGGCAGGAGCGCCGCCCAGCCCUACCUGGAGACGCACUAUUUGAGCCUAGGACCUUGUUUCACUGAGCACUGGUGCAGCUUUCCUCAGCCUCAGGGCUGCAUUACCUUGUAGGCUACCUUCCGGGGGCCAUAUUGCAGUGGUUGGUGGGUGGGGCCAGAAGGAAAAGUGGGUGGAGCAACAAAUGUUAGUUUACUCACACAUCACUCUCUGUCCUUCCUCCAGGUAAACAAGAAGCAUUGGCAGAGUUCAAGGAUAUUUUCUAGCCAGGACAGAACAUUCCAGAAGGGUGCAAAGCAGGACCAGUGAGAAGUGUGGGCUGUGGAGAAGGGGUGCAGCUGGGAAGCAGGUGUGGCCUGUGGGGAGUCCUGAGGCCCAAAUAGAGAGGGCUGCAGAGCUGCUUUCACACACACACACACACACACACACACACACACACCUGAGGUUUCCCACUCUUUCCAUAUAACAAGGGUGGGGAACCUCUAUCUCACAGGCCAUUCAUGGCCUGCCGGGGGCGGGGGUCUAAGUUGGCCCAUAAGACCAUUUUUCCCAAGCCAUGCCAGUCCACCCAUCAGCUGUCCACUCAGCCCAUCCACUCAGCCAGCAAGGAACAGAGGCACACAGGCAAACUGAGAAGGAUUUAACGCCUGCUCAUCAGCUAGUGAGCAGGGGGUGAAAUCCUGCUCAGUUCAGCAGCAUUCCAUGCAAAUCCCUCCCUGAUUCAGGAAGCGGUUUGCAUGGAAACCCCAUUAGAAGGAUGGGGAGAAAGUUUGUUUUAGCAGCACCUUGCUGCAAGGGGCUUUGACAUCCCAACUUUGGGGCUUGUAAGCACCUUGCAUCACAAGUCAUUGUGACAUCAGGUGGUUAAUAAUAAUAAUAAUAAUAAUAAUAAUAAUAAUAAUAAUGUUUAUAUACCGCCCUUCAUCAUAAGAUCUCAGGGUGGUUCACAGAAUAAAACUGCCCAGGUGGGCAGUUCUUCUGAUAGACGUCGGAGGCCAACAAUACCUGGAGGGCCAUGGAUUCCCAUCCCAUGAUCUAUGCAUGCAACUAGCCAUGGUAGCUGUGUACAGGCUCCAAGUUCAGAGGCAUCUCUAGGUACCAGUUGCUGGGGAUGCAGCAAUGGAAAAGAGCUAUGGUCUUCAUCUUCUUCUGGUGGGCAUCCCAGAGGCAUCUGAUUGGCCACUGUCUGGGAAACAGGAUGCUGGGCUCGAUGGACCCUUGCCUCUGGUGACGCAGCAGAGCCUUUCUUACUGUCCCUGUUCUUGUCUCUCUACCCCCACCCCCACCCCGAUUUGCAGCGGCUGCGCAGGAAGAGUCACGAAUCGUUGGAGGAACCGCAUGCAUGAAAGGUUUCCAACCUUGGCAUGCAGCCAUCUAUGACAUGAACCGGUUCUAUUGCAGCGGGGCUCUGGUGACCAUGGAGUGGGUGUUGACCGCUGCACACUGCAGACUCCCAGGGUACGCCUUUGCCUCUUUGACCUAGCAGACUGCUUCAGGGAAUCUGAUCACUCCCACGGUGGCAGCCAAGAAGUAGAUACAAAAAACAUUUCUUACCAAGUAACUUAUUCACUAUGCACCCAGAGAGAGAGACGAAGGAAUGCAGUCGACCUAGGAUAAUGGCGUUGCUCUGAGUGAAGUCCCACCCCUUCCAUGUCUCCUAUUAUAUGUCACCCCUGCGCCAGCUGAUCUGUGCUUUCUGCCUCUGAGUUUUCUGUUCUAUUAAUCUCAAGGCAUGCCUUGUUCUGGGAGGGGGGGUCAGGAAUGCUUUCAAGGGACACUGAGUCUAUUAGCUGUCUCUUCCCUGGUGCUUCUUCUUCUUGCUGCUCUCCCAAUAUUUCCCAGCUCCUCCCCUCUGCAGCCUCUGAACUAUGCCCUUCUGCAAACCACUGUUCUAAAUCUAUACUUUCCUCCUGUUCUCGGGAAGGUUCAGGAGGAGGUUCAGGAGAAGGUUCAGGAGGAGGAGGGCGGGCCUCACCAUUCCUCCUCAGUCCAGCCCCUGACACAGACUGCCUCUAGCAAAAUCCCCUCUUCUGCCUAAGGGCCCCUCCAGCUCUCAGUACUGUUAGCACCUGCAAAAGGUUUGGGACAGUCACACUAGUUCCACUUCCAGUCAGUGAAUAUCCUGUAACUUCCUGCUGAAGCCCCACAACUUUUUAUGCUGCAGAUGUUCCGGAUUCAUAUUUGUCCUGCUUUUGUUACACAAUAUCCCCUCCAGACGGCGAUAGUGUGGUUGCAUUGGGGAAGCAUUACGGAACAAACUAAAGCAGAAUGAACUUGCCACUAAUCCACAGUGAUUGAGGCAAGACCAUGUUGCAGAAGACAAUGAAACAUCAGCCUAAGUGGUUAACAGGUCACAAGACUGCACCAUGAACUUUGCUCUAGCUGUGGCAGUUCUUGUAAGAGAAAAUGGAAAGUAGUGGUGGCAUCUUUUAUACUAGGAUGAAAAGCUUCUUUUGUUUACUGCAAAGGGUUACAUUCUCUAGAAGAUAUUAUGUUAGGGGCUGGUGGUUGAUGGUGGUGGGACUAGAGCCAGAAGUGGGUGGAGUACCCCCUCUCUCUGCCACCUCUUCUCACUCUUGGGCAGUGCACACACCAUACAUUUAAAGCACAUAACUUCUCCCUCCCUGCACACAAAAAUCCUGGGAACUGUAAUUGGUUGAGGCUGCUGAGAAUUCUAGCUCUGUGGUUGAUAAAUUAUAAUCCCCAGGAUCCUUAGGGUUAAAAGAAUGUACAAUGGUACCUCAGGUUACAUACGCUUCAGGUUACAGACACUUCAGGUUACAGACUCCACUAACCCAGAAAUAGUACCUCAGGUUAAGAACUUUGCUUCAAGAUGAGAACAGAAAUCGUGCUCCGGUGGCUUGGCGGCAGCGGGAGGCCCCAAUAGCUAAAGUGGUGCUUCAGGUUAAGAACGGACCUCCGGAACGAAUUAAGUACUUAACCCGAGGUACCACUGUAUUUAAAUGUAUGGCGUGUGUGAAGCCUCUCCUCCAGCCUCCUGUCACCUGCAUGAAAUUAGACUGAGGGCCACAUGAAAUUAGGGCAAGUUGCCCACCCAGCUGUCAGGAGCUGGAAUCGGGAGCAGGCUAGCAAUAAAACACCCUGUGUCAGUUAACGCUUUAUUCAAAGAAACUAAAAUAGCACAGGCCUAGUGAUUCCAGCAACUCUUCCCAGGUCUUGCUUCAAAGAGGCAGUUGUGAGAACUUCCCACUGCUCUCUAAGACUCCUCCCUUGGGUCUUUCCCCAGCAACCUGAGGUGUCUUUAUCUUGUCUCUCUUUGCUCUGCCCUCUUCAUUCCUCCUCCUGGGAGACCAGGAGGAGGGGAGAUGGUCACCUCAGGAAGAGGAUAUUUCCCUGGCUCCUUCAGCAACCAGCCUCUUGGCACCCCUCCUCUCCAGCCUCUGCUUCUGCCUCUCAUUCUGGACUGCUCCCUGCCACAGCCUCUUCCCACUCACUGAACCCUGUUGCCUCUUCAGCUUCCAACACCUCCUCCUCCCAGUCUCCCCCCUCUUUCCCUCUGACCAUUCAUCGUCAUCCCACCAACAAUCCCUGGGCUCUGAGCCUUGUUCCCCUGGGGGUUCCCUUGGGGGUUCCCCAGCCAGUCCAUGACACCAUGCCACUCUAGACUUUUAACUACAGUGGUACCUUGGGUUAAGUACCGUAUUUUUUGCUCUAUAAGACGCACCAGACCACAAGACGCACCUAGUUUUUGGAGGAGGAAAACAAGAAAAUGAAAUAUUCUGAAUCUCAGAAGCCAGAACAGCAAGAGGGAUCGCUGCGCAGUGAAAGCAGCAAUCCCUCUUGCUGUUCUGGCUUCUGUGAUAGCUGUGCAGCCUGCAUUCGCUCCAUCGGACGCACACACAUUUCCCCUUACUUUUUAGGAGGGAAAAAGUGAGUCUUAUAGAGCAAAAAAUACGGUACUUAAUUCGUUCCGGAGGUCCGUUCUUAACCUGAAACUGUUCUUAACCUGAAGCACCAAUUUAGCUAAUGGGGCCUCCCGCUGCUGCUGCACUACCGCUGCACGAUUUCUGUUCUCAUCCUGAAGCAAAGUUCUUAACCCGAGGUACUAUUUCUGGGUUAGCGGAGUCUGUAACCUGAAGCGUCCGUAACCUGAACCAUAUGUAACCCGAGGUACCACUGUAUUUCUCUUUCUCGCAGAUUUCCCAAGUAACCCCCUUUUGCCUUGCUCUCCUGCAGCACCACUUACGUGCGCCUGGGAGUGCACAACAUGUUGCGCAUGGAGGACACUGUACAGCAAAAGAGAGCGGUCCGGCUCGUGCCUCACCCAAACUACGAUUCCGUCAGCAAGGACAAUGACAUCAUGCUGAUCAGGCUCUCCUCGCCAGCGGCCAUCACCGACAGUGUCCAGCCCAUCAACGUGGCCAGUCAGUGCGUUGCUCCAGGAACGCGGUGCCUUGUGACAGGGUGGGGCAGGACCAGCAGCUCAAAACGUAGGGCCUUCGAAUAUUUUAACAUUUUUAAGGCAGAGGUGGGAGAGGGGCCAUAGGAGCAGCUGGAAAGAUUUUGCCACCAUACAGAUGUGGGUUGUGUGGAUCAAGCAAAGCAUGCAAUCGAUCGAGAUCCCUUUAUUCAAACGAUGUUCCAAAGAACGCAAGCAAAGGCCAAAUAAUGCCAACAAAGCUUAAUAGUGCCUACACGGGCUGGCAGCAGCUCUCCAGGGUUUCAGGCAGGAGCUGGAGAUUGAACCUGGGACAUUCUUCAUGUGAAGCAGAUGCUCUACCCUGGAGCUACAGCCCUUCUCUUGGAAGCGGCCUUAUUGUCAGACCAAUUGCCCAUCUAGCUUAGUAGUGUCAACACUAACUGGCAGCAGCAAGUCCAGAUUUUCGGACAGUGUUUCACCACCCAGCCCUGAAAUAUAUCUCUGUGUAUGUGUGGUUUGUGAGAGAGAGGGAAGGGUGUGCUUGGGCAGAGAGAGCGGGGAGAUAUAUGUGUGGCUUUGUAUUUGUGGUACGUAUGUGUGUGUAAAUGUGAGAAAUGCCUAUGUGGUAUAUUUUUCCAAGUACUAGGGAAUGCUUCCAGGUGUUUUUUAGAUAGCAACAGCAUAAUUGAGUCUGUGUGUGUGGCGGGGGAGGGGGAAUUAUUACAUUAUUUCCACAUUUGGGACCAGCAGCACAUAGCGGACUUCCCAUGGUCGCCUUGCCCGAGAGGGAGCAGCAAUGACUGUGCACUCUCUAACUCUGUGUCCUGUCAUGCUCCUGUGGGCACCAUUUUGUGACUGGCACCCGCCACCCUUUCGCAAAAUUCCAAGUGUGCUACUGGUCCAAAACGGUUGGCGACCCCUAACCUUGGUAACUGUCGUCUCUACAGCAACCAUCCCUGAAGAACUGCAGUGUGUUUAUCUCCCCAUCAUCACGCAGAGCGAGUGUGAGGCGGUGUAUCCUGAUGCCAUCACAGAGAACAUGUUGUGCGCUGGCGUGAGGGAAGGGGGUGCUGACACUUGCCAGGUGAGGAAAAUGCUUUAAUUCAGAGGCAACUUAGGGUCAAACUAGAUCAUGGUUAGCCAAAUUAAGACCCGGGGGCCGGAUCCGGCCCAAUCGCCUUCUAAAUCCAGCCUGCGGACGGGCUGGGAAUCAGCGUGUUUUUAUAUGAGUAGAAUGUAUCCUUUUAUUUAAAAUGCAUCUCUGGGUUAUUUGUAGGGCAUAGGAAUUUGUUCAUUUCCCGUCCCAAAAUAUAGUCCAGCCCCCCACAAGGUCUGAGGGACAGUGGACUGGCGCCCUGCUGAAAAAGUUUGCUGACCCCUGAACUAGAUGGUGUGCAAAUUGCAUGAUUGUAUGAUACAGAGGUGCCGAUUUGGGCCCCAAGUUUUGGGUGCCCAGCGUGGUGUCAUGAUGUCACGUUAGGACACGAUGUUAUGACGUCACACGCCCCACAGCCUCAGAACCUUACUUCCGGCGGCUAUGGAAAUCCAUUUCCAAGGUCUCAAAAGGCCUUGGAUAGCAUCUCUGAGGUCUCGGAAGGCCUCAGACGUGACUUCUGGGGCUUUGUGAGGCACUGGAAGUUGCGUCGGGGGCCCUGCAGUGUGGGUGCUGAGCACCCACAAUUAAUUUUUUUAAUUGUAAAAUCACCCUAGAGAUGGCACCCCUGGGAUGGGAGAGAGAGAGACAGAGGGGAGGUACAAUCAGGAUCAGCAUAAUGGCUCCUUUAAAACUAUUUCCCCCAUGUCACUUUCCAAAUACAGUAUAAACAUUCCAAGCCAGCGCUGCCGUUAGGCAGAGUGAAAUGAGGCAAUGAGCAGCUCAGAGGUGUUGGGAGGACGAGAGUCCUGUGCCACCAUGCCUGAGGCAGCCCAUCCAAUUCACCAUAUGAAAUGGAAAGGUGCCACUCCCUGCCCCACCUGUGCUGUCAUUCCCCCCACAACUAUUGCCACCACCAGACUGCCCUCCCCCCACGCCAAACUCAGCAAGAGCCAAAAGUCCAAAAGUAGCUGGAGUGCACCUUGUUCGCAUUUUGCCUGUUUCCUGCUAUGGUCCUUAUUGUCUCUAGUCCUUGUUCGGACACCUUGUUUCUUGGGCCGUACUUUUCGCCACCUGCUUUCCGUCUGUUCCAAAGUGACUUUCAUGUAAUUGCUUAAUUUUACAAGAUGUUUUAAGCCCGGAACUGGCUGAGGACAGUAGAGGCUUGUGUGCCCGUGGCUGUGUUACAGCAUCUGUGAGCUGCUAAGACCGAGACUUUUUCUGUGUUUAAACACCCCGGAACUGCCACUUCAUGUUUAGUUUCAAUAGCCAGGACCUGCAGCAAAAUGCUGUGGUUUGGGACUGCUCCAGUUCAGGGUUUCAGCCAGCCAUGCCCACUCCUAGGAUACUCCAUUCCAUUUUACUCUCUCCACUCCUCCACUGCCCACCCCACCCCCGGCAACAGAUACUGCACAUUCUAUGGCCACUGAGCAUGCUCAGUCUUCACUGGACUGUUUUAGGGUUUGUUCAGGGUUUCUGUCUCUUUCAAGGUUUUCCCCCUGAAGUUUUUUUGUACUUUUACAAACCUCAAGGUGGAGAUGGGUGUAUCUGUGGGUAUCAGUUUCACUCAGUUGCUAAUUUUUCCACUCUUAAGUUCAGUACUCCACACUUUCAGAUCAACUCGUGACUUAGAAAAUAAAUAUCUUCAAGAACAGUCCUCAGCAUUUUAGUGCUGAUGUUUGUAUGCAGUGUUGCCUGAUAUGAGCAUUUUUGCAAAGCACAUUUCCCUAAUGUGGUGCAUUUUGUAUGGUGUUUUCACUAAGACAUGCAUUUAUAUGUACACCUUGCUCUGGUAUACGCAUUUUUGUACACAUGACAAAAUUUGGAGAUACGUAAUCUCCAGAGGUGCCACAUGAUGACUGUGUACAGGAUACUCUUUCUUUUCUUUUCUUUCUUUCUUUCUUUCUUUCUUUCUUUCUUUCUUUCUUUCUUUCUUUCUCUCUCUCUCUCUCUCUUUCUCUCGCUCUUUCCCAGGCACUCGCUUCUUCUUAACAGAGAUCUGAACAGAUUGCUUGCAAAAGUCACUUGAAAUUAAGCCAAAGAUGAAAUGUUCUAUUAAGACUUCACAUGGGGGUGGGAUUUUCUCCCUGUGCAGGGCGAUUCUGGGGGACCCCUCAUCUGCAACGAAGAACUUCAGGGCAUCGUGUCUUGGGGUCCAGAGGUGUGCGGCCAGCCUGGGAAACCAGGUAUCUAUACUAAGGUCUGCAACUACGUCGGCUGGAUCCGGGAGGUGAUACAGCGCGGGUGACGCCAGCUCAGAGACGAAGCGCACAAAUAAAGC